AUGAGGCCCCUCAAUGAUAACGAAACGAUGCUAGUUUUUAAGAAGCUUUCUAAAUAUAUUGGAAAUAACCUGCUAAGCAUGUUAUCCUACAACAACGAGGAGUAUGUGUUAAGGUUACAUAGGUCAAGCGUCUACUUCGUCAAGGCAGACCUUGCUAAACAAGUGGAAUCAAUAAUAAAUAAAAAUUCACUGAUGUCCCUCGGAAUAUGCCUUGGGAAAUUCACAAAAGCAAAUAAUUUCUUCAUAAAAAUUACGUCACUGUCAUUCUUAAAUGAAUUUUGUAUUCAUAAAAUAUGGUUAAAAGAAUCGGGAGAAAAAAAUUUUCUAUUUGGGAACAAUGUACUCAAGAGUCAUUUGUUAAAAGUUAGUGACAAUAUAAAAAAGGGAGAUGGAAUUAUAGUUCUCUCAAUGAAUGAUAGCCCAAUAGGAUUUGGCAUAUCCAUAAGGAACACUCAAGAUAUCAAAAUCUUAAAUGUUACUGAUAUUGUCUUAAUUCAUCAGGGCGAUGUAGGAGAAUACUUAAGGAGUGAAACGACAAUUUAG